AUGCAUGGGCUGACUCACUGCAUGCAUGCAUGGACCUACCGACAGCAUAUAUGCCUCUCACGCAGCUGCAUGUCACCGGCGGCGGUACGACUGUUUUGCACGCAUCAUCACGAAUUCAUCAUGAUUCCGGUGGCGGCGUUCAUUUUUCUGCUGUUCCAGCUCUGCAUCUCGGCGGCGGCUGCUCAGGUCGCAGGAGGUGCGGGGCCGCCGCCGGCGAGCUGCCCGACCAGCUGCGGCAGCGUGAGCGUGCCGUACCCGUUCGGCAUCGGCGAAGGGUGCUCCUGGCCGGGCUUCAACCUCAGCUGCGACCGGACGCGCGGCCGAGAGCGGCUGCUCAUCGGCGGCCGCAGCGGCACCCUCGAGGUCGUGGACAUCUCGCUGGCCAACUCUACGGUGCGCGUCAUGGACACCGCGGGCGCCGUGAACAUCACCUACCACGGGACCCCCGAGGGCAACGGCACGUGGGGCGGCCUCGCCGGCGCCCGCGCCGGCCCGUCCGUGGUGUCGGAGACGCGCAACCAGUUCCUUGUCACCGGGUGCAACGUGCAGGCCACGCUGCUCGGGAAGACCGGCAACGUCAUCGUCGGCUGCUCCGCCUUCUGCGCCGUCAACGACCGGUGGUCCAGCGCCGCCACGAGCUCGCUCGAGGAAGUCGCCAAGUGCGCCGGCAUCGGCUGCUGCGAGACGCCCAUCCCCAUCGGCCGCCCGUCCUACGGCGUCGAGUUCAAGUGGGUGGAUCCCAACCACGAGAAGGACGGCGAGCUGCCGGCGUCCGUGCGCAUCGCCGAGAGGGGCUGGUUCGAGGGCGUCUCCGCCGCGCUCCUCAACACGUCGCUCACGGACACGUCUAGCCGGACGGCGAUCCCCGUGGUGCUUGAGUGGGCGGUGGAGUCCAGGCCGCUUCCGCAGCCGCAGGAUACGCUGGGCACGUCGGGCUGCCCCCAGGACAAGGCGAGGAGCGCGUGCCGGAGCAGCCUCAGCUCAUGCCUCAACGUCACCGGCAACUACCGCACUGGCUACGUGUGCCGGUGCGAGGACGGGUACCAGGGCAACCCAUACCUCGCCGACGGAUGCCAAGACGUCGACGAGUGCGCGCUGCCCGGCACCUGCUCCGGCGGCGAGUGCACCAACACGGCCGGCGGAUACAUAUGCCAGUGUCCGAGUGGGGCCCGCGGCAACCCCCAUGUCAAAGAUGGCUGCGUCAAAUCUUCCUUAGGUUUAAGUGUCGGCAUAGGAAUGGGCAGCGGCGCUGGUCUUCUACUCAUGGUGCUUGGUACCAUCUUUUUGACCAGGAAGAUGAAGCGCCGGAGGGCAAAAAUGUUGAAGCAGAAGUUCUUCAAGCAAAACAGGGGAUAUCUCUUGCAACAAUUGGUGUCCCAAAAAGCAGACAUCGCGGAGAGGAUGAUCAUCCCCUUGGUGGAGUUGGAGAAGGCCACAAACAAUUUCGACAAAGCACGCGAGAUCGGUGGGGGAGGGCAUGGCACGGUGUACAAAGGGAUCAUGUCAGACCUGCAUGUUGUGGCGAUCAAGAAGUCUAAGGUCGCAAUCCAGAGGGAGAUCGAUGAGUUCAUCAACGAGGUAGCCAUCCUCUCUCAGAUCAACCAUCGGAACGUGGUGAAGCUCUUCAGGUGUUGCCUCGAGACAGAGGUGCCAUUACUAGUGUAUGAGUUCAUCUCCAAUGGGACUCUUUACCAUCAUCUUCAUGCCGAAGAGCCUGAAGCAUCGUUGCCAUGGGUGGAUCGUCUGAGAAUUGCAAUGGAGACUGCGCGAGCUCUUGCGUACCUUCACUCGGCCGUGUCAAUCCCUAUAGUCCACAGGGACAUCAAGUCUCAGAACAUUUUGUUAGAUGGCAAUCUCGUAGCAAGGGUGUCGGACUUUGGAGCUUCAAGGUGCAUUCCGAUCGAUCAAACAGGGAAUGCAACCGCCAUCCAAGGGACAUUCGGGUACUUAGACCCUAUGUACUACUAUUCGGGACGACUUACCGAGAAGAGCGACGUUUACAGCUUUGGUGUUCUCCUCAUGGAGCUGCUCACCAGGAAAAAACCAUGUUCAUUUCGAUCGCCGGAGGAGGAAAGCCUUGUCGCAUAUUUCACUACCUUGCUCGCAACAGGCGAUCUAGUCUGUGUGCUAGAUCCUCAGAUUGUGGUGGAAGGGGGCAAGGAGGUUGAAGAGGUAGCUAUGUUGGCAGCGGCAUGCGUGAGGAUGGAAGGAGACCACCGGCCGACCAUGAGGCAAGUCGAGAUGACACUCGAGAGCCUUCGAGUACCCAAUGAAAAUGUUAAGAUGUAUGAGAUGGUUGCGCCUAGUUAUACAGUGGAUACGGGUAAGAGCGCAGAGGAGGUGAGCAGACAAUAUAGCCUAGAAGAAGAGUAUUUGUUGUCAUCAAGAUACCCACGUUAG